CCACAUUUCGAGGUGCUAUUUUUUGUGGAGAAGACGUUUCAUUGCCACCCAGCCAAUUGUUUGUCUACCCAACGCUCAUUUUCCGCCGCGUGCCGUUGACCGUCGCGAACAAAGAGUGGAAAAUUUCCAACUCAGCAGAAAAAUCCUUUUGUGUUGCGGUGUACCGUGUGGAAGGGGAAAAGUGAAACGAAACCUAAAUAACUGCUGCUGUGCUGCUGGUCAAGAAAAGAACGUCUUUUCUGGCCCAAACUUCUGAUCGUCUCGCAUUUGAUUUAAUUUGGAUGGGUGUGAGGCGUAGUAUGCAAGAGAACUGCUGCAACAAGGACUGCCUGGGUCUCCGAAAGCGUGUCUGCGGUCUCCAUCAAACCUUCAAGUGGCUGCACCAGACCCCCGCACUGCACGAGUAUUUGAUCUCCGCCAGUUCGGUUGCUGCAAACACAGGCAAGGCAAACGAGCCCAGAGCAACAGUCUAAAGUCCACCCCAAGACCAAAGCAAUCAAACCAAACGAAUAUA